CGGGGAUGCAGCAGCCGCGGAGCGGGACGGCGGAGCCCAGUAGAGCAGGAGUCGGGAGCCGCCGCCAGGCGCCAGGACAGUGGGAGCCCCCGGGCCGCUCUCCCCGCUGCCGGCCGGGCUUGGCCGGGCGGCGGCGCUGCUGAGUCCCGGCGUUUCACCCCCAGCGGCCGCGAGCCGGGCCGGAGCAGUGAGAGGCCGCGCCCGCCGCGCAGCGACAGGAGCCGGGACCCCGCCGGGACCGAGCCCGGCUUCUCACCGCCGCGCGCCUUAAGGGGCCGGGGCUGGCGCAGCUUCCGAGCCCGCUCCGCACCCAGCAGGAGCCGCGGCCGGAGCCCAGGCAGGAGGCGGCGGGGCCGGGGCCGGGGCGCUGCAGUCCGGGGCAGAGAAGGGGCGAGAUGGCGUCGUACGUGGAUAACAGCUUCCGCCAGGCGGUGAUGAAGAACCCGGCGGAGAGGAGCCCCCAGGAUUUGGAGAUAGUGUAUUCCUAUUUACAUGGAAUGGAAGCCUUGUCUAAUCUGAGGGAACACCAACUCAGACUGAUGUGUGAGACUGUGAGAUAUGAAAGGCAUGAAGCAAACGAAGUUCUGUACUACCCUGAUGAUAUUGGCACCUGUUGGUAUAUCCUGCUGUCUGGUUCAGUAUUCAUCAAAGAGUCUAUGUUUCUUCCAAGGAGCAGUUUUGGCAAGCGUUCUGCAGGAAGCUUCAGGCGUGGCUGUGAAUGCAUUGUUUUAGAGCCAUCUGAAAUGAUUGUGGUGGACUAUAUGGAUGAAAAUGAAGAAUAUUUCCAGCGUCAAGCUUCCCAUAGACAAUCCAGAAGGAGAUUUAGGAAAAUCAAUCAAAAAGGAGAAAGACAAACCAUUAUUGAUACCGUGGAUCCUUAUCCUGUGGGGAAGCCACCUUUACCUAGAGGUUAUCAUACGGAAUACACUAAACCUCAGCUUCCUGCAGAUUUCACAAAACUGCAUCUUACUGACAGUCUCCACCCACAGGUGACCCACGUUACCUCUAGUCACUCAGGAUGUAGCAUCACUAGUGAUUCUGGAAGCAGCAGCCUUUCUGAUAUCUACCAGGCCACAGAAAGUGAAGCUGGUGAUAUGGAUCUGAGUGGGUUACCAGAGACUGCAGUGGAUUCUGAGGAUGAUGAUGAUGAAGAAGAUAUUGAGAGGGCGUCAGACCCUCUGAUGAGCAGGGAUAUUGUUAGAGACUGCCUGGAGAAAGACCCAAUAGACAGGACAGAUGAUGACAUUGAACAACUAUUGGAAUUCAUGCAUCAGUUGCCUGCUUUUGCCAACAUGACAAUGUCAGUGAGGAGAGAACUUUGUGCUGUGAUGGUAUUUGCAGUUGUGGAGAGGGCAGGAACCAUAGUACUAAAUGAUGGGGAAGAGCUGGACUCCUGGUCAGUUAUAUUGAAUGGUUCUGUGGAAGUGACAUAUCCUGAUGGAAGAACAGAGAUACUGUGUAUGGGAAACAGUUUUGGUGUUUCCCCUACUAUGGACAAGGAAUACAUGAAAGGAGUGAUGAGAACCAAAGUGGAUGACUGUCAGUUUGUCUGCAUAGCCCAACAAGAUUACUGCCGCAUCCUCAAUCAAGUGGAAAAAAACAUGCAGAAGGUAGAAGAGGAGGGGGAGAUUGUUAUGGUGAAGGAGCACAGGGAGCUUGAUCGCACUGGAACAAGAAAGGGUCACAUUGUCAUCAAGGGAACAUCAGAAAGGUUAACAAUGCAUUUGGUAGAAGAGCACUCAGUGGUGGAUCCAACGUUUAUUGAGGAUUUCCUUUUGACCUACAGGACCUUCCUUUCCAGCCCAAUGGAAGUGGGCAAGAAAUUGUUGGAGUGGUUCAAUGACCCUAGCCUCAGGGAUAAGGUUACACGGGUAGUAUUGUUGUGGGUGAACAAUCACUUCAAUGAUUUUGAAGGAGAUCCUGCUAUGACUCGAUUUCUAGAGGAAUUUGAGAACAAUUUGGAAAGAGAGAAAAUGGGUGGACAUCUGAGGCUAUUAAAUAUUGCAUGUGCUGCUAAAGCUAAACGAAGAUUGAUAACAUUAACAAAGCCAUCUCGAGAAGCCCCUUUGCCUUUUAUCUUGCUGGGAGGGUCAGAAAAGGGAUUUGGAAUCUUUGUUGACAGUGUGGAUUUAGGUAGCAAAGCCACAGAAGCAGGCUUGAAACGUGGUGACCAGAUACUUGAGGUGAAUGGUCAAAACUUUGAAAACAUUCAGCUGUCAAAAGCCAUGGAAAUUCUUAGAAAUAAUACUCAUUUAUCUGUCACUGUGAAAACCAACUUAUUUGUUUUUAAAGAACUUCUAACAAGAUUGUCAGAGGAGAAAAGAAAUGGUGCUCCCCAUCUACCUAAAAUAGGUGAUAUUAAAAAGGCCAGUCGUUAUUCCAUCCCAGACCUUGCUGUUGAUGUGGAGCAGGUGAUAGGACUAGAAAAAGUAAAUAAGAAAAGUAAAGCCAAUACUGUUGGAGGGAGAAACAAACUAAAGAAGAUACUUGACAAAACUCGAAUCAGUAUCCUGCCUCAGAAACCAUACAAUGACAUUGGAAUUGGCCAGUCGCAGGAUGAUAGCAUUGUAGGAUUGAGGCAGACCAAACACAUUCCUCCUGCUUUACCUGUCAGUGGAACCCUGUCAUCCAGUAAUCCAGAUUUAUUGCAGUCACAUCACCGCAUCUUAGACUUCAAUAGUACUCCAGACUUACCAGACCAAGUUCUGAGGGUUUUCAAGGCAGACCAGCAAAGUCGUUAUAUUAUGAUUAGUAAGGACACAACAGCAAAGGAAGUGGUCAUUCAGGCAAUUAGAGAGUUUGCUGUAACUGCUACUCCUGAUGCAUAUUCUUUGUGUGAAGUCUCUGUCACUCCAGAGGGUGUAAUCAAGCAAAGGAGGCUUCCAGAUCAGCUAUCCAAGCUUGCUGAUAGGAUACAGCUAAGUGGCAGGUAUUAUCUGAAAAACAACAUGGAGACAGAAACACUGUGUUCAGAUGAAGAUGCUCAGGAGUUACUGCGGGAAAGUCAAAUUUCCCUACUGCAGCUUAGUACUGUUGAGAUGGCUGCUCAGCUCUCCAUGCGAAACUUUGAGCUGUUUCGUAACAUUGAACCUACAGAGUACAUAGACGACCUGUUUAAACUCAAAUCUAAAACCAGUUGUACUAACUUGAAAAAGUUUGAAGAGGUGAUAAACCAAGAAACAUUUUGGGUAGCAUCUGAGAUUCUAAGAGAAACCAACCAGCUAAAAAGAAUGAAGAUCAUUAAACAUUUCAUUAAGAUAGCACUGCACUGCAGGGAAUGCAAGAACUUCAACUCCAUGUUUGCAAUUAUCAGUGGCCUGAAUUUGGCACCGGUUGCAAGGCUCCGCACUACUUGGGAAAAACUUCCAAGCAAAUAUGAGAAGCUGUUUCAAGAUCUUCAAGACUUGUUUGAUCCAUCUAGGAACAUGGCAAAAUAUCGUAAUGUCCUGAACAGCCAAAACCUACAGCCUCCCAUUAUUCCUCUCUUCCCUGUUAUCAAAAAGGACCUUACAUUCCUUCAUGAAGGAAAUGACUCAAAAGUGGAAGGCUUGGUCAAUUUUGAGAAGCUGAGAAUGAUUGCAAAAGAAAUUCGUCAUGUUGGUCGAAUGGCUUCUGUUAACAUGGAUCCUGCUGUAAUGUUCAGGACUAGGAAGAAGAAAUGGAGGAGUUUGGGGUCUCUCAGCCAGGGCAGUACAAAUGCAGCAGUGCUAGAUGUUGCACAAACAGGGGGACACAAAAAGCGGGUACGUCGCAGCUCCUUUCUCAAUGCCAAAAAACUGUAUGAAGAUGCUCAGAUGGCACGAAAAGUGAAGCAGUACCUCUCCAACUUGGACCUGGAAAUGGAUGAAGAGAGCCUCCAGACACUGUCUCUGCAGUGUGAGCCAGCCACCAACACAUUACCGAAGAAUCCAGCAGACAAACGGUCUGGGAAACAGGAAACGUCACCAGUGGCACCUAGGGCAGGAAUUCAGCAGAAGGUGCAGCAGCAGCAUAAAAUAAACCAAGCAUUGCAGGUCCCUGCUGUGUCCCUCUAUCCCUCUCGCAAGAAAGUACCAGUCAAAGACCUCCCACCAUUUGGCAUUAAUUCCCCACAAUCUUUAAAGAAAAUUCUUUCAUUGUCUGAAGAAGGAAGUUUGGACCGUCACAAGAAACAAGCUGAAGACACAAUAUCAAAUGCAUCUUCACAGUUGUCUUCUCCUCCCACAUCACCACAGACCUCUCCAAGGAAAGGUGGCAGUGGCAAUCAGCUGAGAUAUUAUGGCUCCAGACAGUCGGCUCUAACCAGUUCCUCCUCUUCUCUUGGAAGUGAGAACAGUAACAAGAAUAACAAUGCACCACGGACCUAUAGGAUAGGUUAUACUUUGGCUCCUAGUGGCACGGUGGAUAACUUUUCAGAUUCUGGUCACAGUGAAAUUUCUUCCAGAUCUAGUAUUGUCAGCAAUUCUUCAUUUGACUCCAUGCCAGUCUCACUGCAUGAUGAGAGGAGACAGAGGCAUUCUGUCAGCAUUGUGGAGACUAAUCUUGGUGUGGGGAGAAUUGAUAGAAGAGCCAUGAUUGAACCAGAUCAAUACAGCUUAGGUUCAUAUGCACCAUUGUCGGAGAAUAGAGGCUUGUAUGCUGGAGCAACUGUGCUUGCUUCUCCCAGUACAGAAGAGCUAUCACAGGAUCAGGGGGAUCGCGCUUCACUUGAUGCUGCAGACAGUGGCCGUGGCAGCUGGACUUCUUGCUCAAGCGGUUCUCAUGACAACAUACAGACAAUACAACACCAGAGAAGCUGGGAGACUCUUCCUUUUGGACAUGUUCAUUUCGAUAGUUCAGGCGAUGGGGCAGGAUUAUGGGCCUCAGGCAGUCUUAUGGACCAGAUGAUGUUCCCCGAUCAUGGCACAAAAUAUGGCAGGCAGAGUCAAGGUAGGGAGGGCCUUGAUCAAGCACAGUCCAGAGCAAGCUGGGCAUCCUCAACAGGCUACUGGGGAGAGGACUCGGAAGGUGAUACAGGUACCAUAAAGCGGCGGGGUGGGAAGGAUGUUUCAAUUGAAGCUGAAACAAGUAGCAUAACAUCUGUAACAGCAGAGGAGUCAAAGCCAGCUCCCAUGUCCUCUCAUAUAACUGUAUCAUCAAGUAGUGCAAAGGGGCUUAUUGCACGAAAAGAAGGUCGAUAUCGAGAACCACCUCCAACUCCCCCUGGUUAUGUAGGAAUACCUAUUGCAGACUUUGCGGAAGGAGUUUCCCAUCCAACUAGAAAACCUCCAGAUUACAACGUAGCACUUCAGAGAUCUAGGAUGUUAGCACGGACAUGCGAGACCCAUGGGACUUCAACUUUACAGCAGCAAUCACACGGUCACUCAGCUAGCAGGCCUGUGAACAAACCUCAGUGGAACAAACCAAACGAGUCAGACCCACGUCUUGCUCACUAUCAGUCUCAAGGGUUUUCCACAGAGGAGGAUGAAGAUGAACAAGUCUCUGCCGUCUAAGAAUUGGGGCUUUUCUGGAUCCAGAGUGAGCCACCUUAAAGGAGAGCACAAGAAGACGUCCCUAGUAUAGGAGCCUUGGAACUAUAAUUAAAGGAUGGUAGACCUAUUUGCCUCCUUCCCUGCCUUAAAGCAGCAUGGGGCUUCUUCUCCCCUGUUCCUCCCCCCUUUCCCCUUGCAUGUGAAAUACUGUGAAGAAAUCGCCCUGGCACUUUUCAAACUGUGUUGCUUGAAAUGCACAGUGCAGCAAUCUCCAAGCUACCACUGUCGCUGUCUGCCACAUCACACAGUAUCAUUCCAAAUUCCAAGAUCAUCACAUCAAGAUGAUUAACUCUGGCUGUAUUUCCCAAUGCCUGGAAGGGUUUUGAAAUCUUCCUUUUAGAUUUUAAUCACAAUCCUAGCACUUCAUCUCAUUGGGAUAAUGAGAUACGCUAGUUGUCGAAUGACAUUGAGCCUUUAACGUACAAAGAGAAAAACACAUUGAAAUCCUUCAAGUAUACAAUGCUUGUUUGCUUGUUUACAAUGCCUUUGUUACAGUGCUGUAUGUUGUGUUCAGAGAGCAAAUGUUACACCUGCAUAAUAAUUACAGUAUUAUUUCAUACUUUUUAGUAGGGUUGCCAGUCUGGGCUCCUAAAAACAAAACUGAUAUGGCUGAGCAGAGCAGAACGGGUUAUAGGAUACAGCCUUUUGUUGACCACUCAGCUCCACUCUUAAAGUGCUCCACCCUGGAGUCUUAGGAAAGUUUGUAAAUCAUAGGAUAGUAUUUUGAAAUGGGUCUAGCAUCAAUGCAGAAGUAAGUGCUUGCAACUAUCUGAUGGAGGAAAACAGGACAACUUGUAUAGUUUGUACCAUACAAUUUGUAUACCUGUGCCUUGUGGAAUACAGGAUGGCAGAGUUUAAAAAAAAAAUGAGACAGAUGGUAAACCCCACCUUUAAAUUAUAUUUUUGUCUUACUAUGGUUAGAAGGUUAGUUACUUUAAGAGAAAAAUUAACUGGAUAACAUUGCAGUGAAGGCAAUUUGGGAUGUCACAGCUAAUGUCAGCUGUUGUUACUGAUCUAAUAAUCUCUCUCUAUUGACUUGGCAGUAGGGAAUAAACAAGCCUUUAAAUUAUGAAAAAACACAUUUAGACACGCCAGCCUUUGCAAUGCAGAAAUAGUCACAACUGUUAAUGGCUUUAUGGAACACUGCAUGUGUAGAGAAGGCCAAUGUGUAGCAACCACCUGCUCACAGCUGCUAUUAACCCUAUAAUGACUGAAAUGAUCCUUCCCUUCUAUUUUUGUGUUGUUUUUGCACAGACUCCGGAAAAGUGAAGGCUGCCAAUCCGAGUAGUACUCAAAUGUGAGGAACUGCUGGUCUUGGAUUUUUUUUUUCCAUUGAACUCAGCUGAUCAUAUUGAUCAGUAGAUAAACGUAAAUAGCUUCAACUUUAAAGAUCAAAUUGCAGUGUUUUUUCACUGUAUCAAACAAUGUCAGUGCUUUAUUUAAUUAUUCUCUCUCCUGCAAUCAUGGCUUUUGUCUACUUGCUUAUAUAUCACAUUGUCAAUUAUGAAUUUGUAAUUUUACAUGUAAUAUGCAUUAUUUGCCAGUUUUAUUAUGUAGGCUAUGGACCUCAUGUGCAUAUAGAAAGACAGAAACCUAGCUCUAUCACAAGUUGCACAAAUAUUAUAUAAGCAUUAAGUAAUUGUAGACCAUAGGACUGCUAAUCUCAGUUCACUCUGUGAUGUCAAGUGCAGAAUGUACAAUUAACUGGUGAUUUCCUCAUACUUUUGAUACUACUUGUACCUGUAUGUCUUUUAGAAAGACAUUGGUGGAGUCUGUAUCCCUUUUGUAUUUUUAAUACAAUAAUUGUACAUAUUGGUUAUAUUUUUGUUGAAAAUGGUAGAAAUGUACUAUGUUUAUGCUUCUACAUCCGAUUUGUAUGAAGCUGAAAAAUAAAUAAAUAUAACAUUAAUGCAGUCCAUAUUGAUUCUUGCACAUUUUACAUGUUCAUCAUAUUUGAGCAAAUUCAAUUUUGAAAAUAAUUCACUGUACAUGAAUAUUAAAGGGAUACUGUCAAGUAACAGGCACAAAAUUUAAGUGGAGAUUUUUUUAAACCCACUGUGGUGUUGUCCAUAAAUUAGUAUGUCCAUUACUAAACCAAAAUGGCCAGCAGAGGCAUUAGAGUGGCAAGGAUUUUGCUGACAUCAUUGCUGUUGAUACACAGACAAGCAAGCUAAAUCAGGAGGGCCAUGUUGGUUUGGGACUCCAUAAGACUCAUGGAGCAAUGAAUCCAUAUUUACAAAAUUUGGGGUGGGGAGAAGAUGGAAAGACGUAUUACCUUCUUAGAAACUUGAAACUAUUGCAUGUAAUGAAAAGUACCUGAGAGUGUCCCUUUUAACAAAAGCCAGUUGCUGUAAUCUAUAUAAUGUCACAAGUGUUUGUUCUUUUGUGGAUGUUGUGAACUCUAAGCUACUUGUAAUUGGGUACAAGAGACUGAUUUAAAACAUUUUUUCUUAGCCUAUCCAUUGGUUAUAUUUGGCUUGUAUUUAAAAAAAAAAGUCAAGUAUUACUUCCAAAUGAAAGUUACUGCUUUGGAGAAAAGAGCAAAAAAUGCUUUGUUUGGAUUUUCACUAUAACCCUUCAUAAUAUGACCCUAAAACACCCCACUCAAUCUCAAAUAACGCGUAUAACCAGUUUUACAUGUCCAGUGUUCUUUUAUGAAGAGUCAAGUGAUCAUUGCAGUUACUUUUCAUCUCUGGAAUAUGUGCCCCUUCAACGCCCGGUAAAUUUUAAGUAGGAUUGGAUUUUUAGGGGGAGGUGGUGUGUGUGUUGUUUUUGCAGUAACUAAUCCAUCUUAAUCUGUGGCUCAUGCCGCUGGUAAAUUUCAACAAGCCAGAUCAGGGCUAUCACAGUAAUAACUUUUCUUAUGACAUUAACAUAAAGGGAAUAAACAUUUGCUUUACAUUCAAUACUUUAUAAAUAUUUCUCCUGCAACCAUUGGUUCUUAGGAAAUACUAAUCAUGACAGAUUUUUUUGAUAGCGAUUUUUCCCCAGUCGGUGUGGUGAUGUGUGUGUUUCACUUGCAAGUAAGUCAUUUUGCUCCAUGUUUGUCAGAGUGCAAUAUUACACGGAUCCACUGCUCUCUAAUUUAUGCCUUCCCUUUCUUCUAUUCGGUGGCUCUAGAAUAACCGUUCAGAAGAAACCAUCACAAAAGAGUAAUAGGUAUGUAAAUUUAACCCACAACUGUUGCUGACUUCUUUAGGGAUGGCUUUUGGUUAUAGCAAUCAAGAAAUCAAUUAACUCCAACAGAAUCAGAAGCUCUGAUAUACAGUGAGUUUUUAUAAAGAUGAGCUAAUAAUAAGCUGAAUGUACUCUGUGGUAUGUUUGUUUGCACAGAGCUUGGGUUGAAGUGGCAAGAUAAAUCAUAUUUCACUAGAGAGAAAAAAUAUUAGAUUGUAAACUCUUUGAGGCAGGGAUUAUUUGUUAUAUGUUUGUACAGUGCCUAGCACAGUGGGGCCCCAAUUUUGAUUUGGGACCCCCAAGGGCUACUGCAAUAUAAAUAAUAAAUAUUCUUCUUCUUUGA